GGUAAUGAAAGAAGUGGACUUAAGCACACAAGUUGGACGUUACGAAUUUAUGUUAUUCAAUUAUUGGUUUCGAGCUUUGGUCGCCGCCUAUUUGCGUUGAAAUACGAGCGACCAUUGCGUCUGCCGGUUGGACGGCUAACUGCGCGACGCCAGCCAGUAACGACGCGGCUCUCCGUCGACGAGCAGCGCCCCAGUCGAGGCGAUGUACGAGGGCGGCAGCUGCUCGGACCUGAGCUCGGGCGGUCCGUUGGACCUGAAGCGGGGCCAGUUGAUGACCUCCCGGCUGGGCGCCGCGCCGCACGCCAUCAAGGAGGAGCUGGCCGGCGCCGUGGAGUGGCCCGCCGGCUGUGGCUACCGGCUGCCCAGCUGGGGCGCCGGCGCGCCGUUCGACCCGCUCAAGAGCAGCGUCGACCGCGUCAAGAUGGCGCCGCCCGAGCUGGGCCGCGAGCGCUCCUACUUCAGCCCGGGCUUGUACCUGGGCCGCGACUCACUCGCCGCCUGCCCGCGCGACAUGAGCGAGCAGGAGAAGCGUAUGACAGAUAAAACUCCGCUGCAGAAUUUAACACAAGCCGCAACGCAACUAACAGAUCCCGCAUACAAGGCGGCGUGGGGCGCGCAUACUUCUCAGACACAAGCGUACUCGCACAACAGUCUGUCAAGCGUGGCAAAGUCAUCUCUGGAGGCCAGCCAUGCUCACCUCAGACAGCCAGAUCCGUACCAGAUGUUUGGCCCCACAAGCAGUCGACUUGCCAGCUCAGGCACCGGCCAGAUCCAGCUGUGGCAGUUCCUGCUGGAGCUGUUGUCGGACAGCACCAACGCCAGCAUCAUCACCUGGGAGGGCACCAACGGCGAGUUCAAGCUCUCCGACCCAGACGAGGUGGCACGCAAGUGGGGCGAGCGCAAGAGCAAGCCUAACAUGAAUUACGACAAGCUCAGCCGCGCGCUCAGGUACUACUAUGACAAGAACAUCAUGACUAAGGUGCACGGGAAGCGGUACGCCUACAAGUUCGACUUUCACGGCCUGGCCGCCGCCACGCAACCCGCCACUGACCCCGCCGCGUACAAGUACCAGGGCGACUUCUUCAUGACUGGCUAUCACACCUCGUCCAAGCUGAACUUCAUGGGCACACACACGCCUAUGCCCAGCAGCACGGGGAGCAUAUUUCCGUCGCCGUCGUCCUACUGGCCGAACCCUAGUGCCAACCUCUACUCGAACAUAGCGGCCGCUUCGGGACACAUGACGUCGCACCACCCCAGUCACAUGACGUCACACAUCGCGUCAUACCCCCACUAUGCGUGACAGACCCCCGCCAAGUGGUGGAUGUGGUGCUAUCCAGAUGAAGCAACGCCAACAGAGAAUUUCUGAGAAAAAGGUUUAGUUGUACUACCUAAAGAUGUGCGCUGGUUUCGUCGUGGCUUAUACCGGUGUUGACUGGCAUAUAUUUCUGUAAAUUUGUCAGUAUGGGAACGGAUCACUGCUCCCUUUUGUUUUUGAUUUCCACGAUUUUGUCGUCUUUGUUUUUGCUCUGGAGCGUCGUCAAGACCGACCAACAAGUUGCAAGUUUUAUGUUGCAUGUGGUCCAGCUGCGAUGUGUUAUUUCGAACAAACAAUGUACAAGUGUAUAGUCAACAUAUUUAAAUGGUCAGAAAUGGUACUGUGAUAUAUCUGAAUGCUCGUAUUAUUCCUAGGGGGUAACAAUUUUGGCCGUUCGUCAGAUACAGUAACAGUGUGUAGAAAAUGGACAGCGAAAUGUUUUAUAACAAACAAGUUGUGCCCCUUCGUGCUAGCAGUCAACAACACAAUAAUCCUUAGUUUUAUAUGCUGCAAAGGCUUUUGUUAUAUCUUGUAUGGUUUCCAAAGCGUGCAGAGUUUGAAUGUGCUUAUUUCAUGAUUGUACGCGCUAUCUCAUUACUAGUCAUAUACGUGCAAUAUGGAAUGAGUCAAUUCUAGUCUUGGUUUCUUUUACGCACCAUAUUCGGUGCAAUGUUUAUGGUAAUCGCCCCCGUCUGCGAGUGGGUGCGACUUAAUGAAGCACAGUUAUUCCGUGUUUUAUGUUGUCUUGGCAGAAUGUUUCUCGUCGCCAUCACAUUUGGUGCGCGGAGUGACGAACUUUCUUGUGUGCAAUUGGUUUUGUGAUGACAUUUGAUUUUUCCAGUAUUUAUUAUCUAGAAGUGCAAACAAUGUUGUCAGGAAGAACGACAUGUUGAAAGUUAAGUUGUCUGCAACUGUGGAUUCCCGAUUUUGUAAAUAUAGAUUUCAUUGUACAGUCAUGUGUACAAAUCUGUCAUACGAAACGUCUGUAUAUGUAGGCAGAAUAAAUAAGCUUGUAAUUUA